UUGUGGAGGUCAUUCCAAAUUAGCAAAUUGUUGCUUCUGUAUGCACUCUUUGCGAACAUGUGCAGUGCGUUUUGGGUGAGUUUUCAGCAGAAACUUAAAAAAAAUUUCUACCUAAAUCAUUAAUUGGGACCGAGCUCACCUGCAAGUGUACAUGUGGAUUCAUACACGUGAGCAUUUCUUUCAGAUCGAGAAAAAUCCGAAGACGCAUUUCUGGAGACUUCCCGCAACGGUUCUUUCAUACAAGCCGUCAAAUUCAGACACACGCGGCAUACGUAUACAUUCACUUGGGCAGACAAGCGAUUGCAAAUUUGAGCGUUUAGCAGUGUUGUCGCAAGGCAUGUGCGUGUGCAAAGUUUGCGGGAGAGAGACAGAGAACUGGGUAUAGUGCGAUGGGUGUGAUCUCUGGUAUCACUUUGAGCGCGUUGGUGUAGACUAGAGCAUACAGAAGCGGAAUUGGAACUGCUCCCUUUGUACCGAAGGUGGCGAUAGUGCCAACGUUCUUUGUACUCCUGAAGAUUUAAUGUCAUAAACACCUACAGCCACGACCACCACACCUCACGAAGUGCCACGUGGUCCAGUCCCACCGGCCGAAGCAGAUGAGAUCGGCGAUGACCAUCGAAGCGAUCCUAUGAGGUUCAAACUGGAUGAACGUGCUCCAACGCAAGUUGCGUUUAACUCGUCACCAACCAGCGACGAAACAAACCGUCAACAUCGACUCGAGUUGGCAAUGUUAGAGGAGAAAAGAGCCGCGGAGGAGCGCUACAUCGAACAAAAGUUCCGACUACUUGCCAAUAUGAACUCGGCAGACCGGAGUACAUCUUAGAGAGAACGAUUGAAAGGGUAAGGAAGUUGCCACCGCCUAAAGACAAACUGGAAUCUCUCAUAGAAUUCUCGUUGGCCGUACGCAAUAUCUGCGCCACAAUGGAGACACGUAAGCUGGAGGCGCAUUACCAGGAGCUGGUAGACAAAUUGCCCAAUCAGAGCAUGAAUCACGUAUGACGACAAUCGUUUGGACGAUAUCGUAUUGAAAUUGUCUUGCAUCAUGAAAACAUAAAUUGAUAGUUUAAGCAAUAUCGUCAACUCGUUUCCAAUUUGGCAACGACUAUCGUUUCAAAGUUACGUGAUUCAUGCCCAGCAUAAAUUGGACUGGGCGAUGCAUCUGCGGCGAGGCACUGCACCAACCAUUAAAGAAUUCAGCGACUGGCUCUAUCGAAUGGCGGAGGCGGCCUCUACGGUUGAUCACCCGCGUUCUACAAAACCAGCUCAGUCAACACGCAUAGCCAAGGUGAGUGCACUCCGUCGAGAAUCCCUCCUCCAAAGAAACAUGACAUUCCACAAAGAGACAACCGUUCCCAAGGACCAUCUUGUGAAUCGUUGGACAUGCAACCCAAGCGUUCGACAACGAAAUGCAUCACGUGCGGUGCAGUUGAACAUUGCGCUGCACAGUGUGGAAAAUUCCAUAGCUUGUCCGAACAGCAGAGGUGGGAAACAGUAAAAAAAAGGUGGAGCGUGUUAUCGAUGCCUUAAACCCCAUCGCAAAGGGUGCUUCUUGAAAAAUAGUUGCGGCAUAAAUGGCUGCCCUCGAAAGCAUCAUCCAUUACUCCACAGCGAAGGUACCGAAACCCCCGCCGACGCGGAAACGGACCAAGCCCACGUGAGCACGCACCGAAGUAACAACUCCAGUAGCCAAUAUUUCCGCAUCAUGCCCGUGAACCUUCAUACAGCCAGCAAAACCAUUAAUAUUUACGCGUUUCUUGACGAAGGGUCUUUCGUGUCUCUCAUUGACGAAGCGGCGUUCGAAAAACUCGAUAUCAAAGGAGUACCCACACCUACAUGUUUGCAGUGGACCAGUGAAACUACACGCAACGAAAGUGCAUCCGUAAGGGCAUUAAUACAGAUCUCGGCUCCAAAUACCGGCAAAUUGUACUGGCUCAACAACGUACAUACUAUAAAAAAUAUCGCUCUACCUAAGCAAGCGAUUAACGCAAGUGAACGUCGUAGUAAAUAUCCGUAUUUAAAAGACAUACCACUGCAGUCAUAUUACGAAGUUCAGCCAACUCUACUUAUUGGGGCCGACAACUGGAAGAUUGCUGUUCCACGCAGAACUCGUAAAGGCAGAAGGGACGAACCCAUCGUUUCUAAAUGUUUACUUGGGUGGAGCAUACAAGGUACAUCGACCGCAUCGAGUUACGUGACUAUGCACCACUGCGACUGUAGAUGGCAAGAGCUGCAUGAUAUAGUAAAAGAUAGCUUUAGCCUUUAUCCCGUAAAAAUUCACAACGUACAGUCAGCCGACGACCAGCAAGCGAUCGAAAUUCUCGACCGGACAUGCAUCAAGGCGAAUGGCGGAUUUGCAGUCGGCCUUUUAUGGCGCAACAGUAAUGACACGCUACCAGAAAGUUACACCAACGCGCUCAAUCGCCUUCACUGUCUGAAAGCUAAAAUCAAGCGAGAGCCAGAUUCGUACGACAAAUUUUCUGUGCAAAUUCGUAACCUAUUGCAAAAGGGUUAUGCGGUCGAGCUAUCGGAGACGGAGAUUACCAACCAGAACAAGCACCCUUGGUACUUGCCAAUUUUCAUAACGCUGAAUCCCAAUAAGCCAAAAAAAUAAGGCGAAAUCUCACGGAGUCUGUUUAAACGACUUUUUGCUUACUGGACCAGAUCUCUGGAAUCCACUUAUCGAGAUUCGGCUUGCGUUCCGGGUUAGCCAGGUGGCGACCUGCCGGGACAUCGCGGAAAUGUUCCACAAAAUCAACAUCCGCGCGGAGAACAGGCAUGCACAACGAUUCCUAUGGUACGGAAAAGCCAGCAACCGCGUAAGCGUGUACAUAAUGCGCCCAAUGACCUUUGGCAGUCAACAUACAUACUACAUACGUGACAAGAACGAAGAAUCAUACCGCCAGCAGUAUCCCCAAGCAUACGAGGCCAUCCGAAAGGCUCACUAUGUCGACAACUACAUCGACAGCCAAGGACAGCGAGCAGGAGGUUCCCGAGGUGGCAACUCUGGUUCGCAAGGUUCAUCAAGCUGGUGGAUUCGAAAUCCGAAAUUGGACGUCGAACUCCACUGAAGUCCUUAUGCAGUUACUCGAUGCCGACUUCGCAGCGCCAGUCCAAUUUGGUAGCAACAAUAGGUGUUAGGUAUGUAUUGGGUGCCACAAAUUGACGUUUUCAAAUAUGUUCCCAGGUUCGCCCGGCUGCGACGUGACGUACUGAUGGAUGGCCUAGUCCCCACCAAAAGAGAGGUCCUACAGGUCCUCAUGUCAAUCUUCGACCCCCUGGGGCUACUGCCGUGUCACACAAUUGGCUUAAAAAUACUCCUCCAACAUGUGUGGCGAGCCAACAUAGGAUGGGUGAAGUGCUGCCUAAUUCACUACACCAACGCUGGCGUCAGUGGAAGCAACUUCUGCCAGAUGUAGAGGCAAUCGAAAUUCCGAGAUGCUAUUCCCCGAAUCUGACUAAAUCGAUUCGGGUACAUCUCCACAUUAUCACCGACGCGAGCGAAUAUGCAUACGCCGCGGCCCCUUAUGUGCGGGUACAUGGAGACAACAUAGUCGACGCAACACUGGUGGCUACAAAAAGUAAGGUCGCACCGCUGAAGCCGAUGACCAUCCCACGCAUGGAACUCCAAGCCGCAGUAAUGGGUGUACGUUUGGCUCAAAUGAUCAUCAACCUACGUGGUCUGAAAAUCGGAAGCGCCACAUACUGGUGCGAUUCCAAAACGGUGUAACAGUGGCUAAAGAUGGACUCCUGGAAAGAUCCAACAAUACGCAAUGGCAAUGGGUUCCAACAAAGUGGAACGUAGCAGAUGGGGCGACGAAGGUCAAUAGUAUGGUGGGAAGUAAGCAGUGGCUGCACGGACCAGAGUUCCUAAAUUGUACGAGAGCGAGUGGCCGCAGCAACCACAGCAUUUCGAAGAAGCAGAUAUGACGGAGCUGAAAAAACACUUACACGUAACUCGAAAAAAUGAUGCCAUAAAAUUUAACGUGGAAUAUAUCUCAGAGUGGCGUCGCCUAUACAGAGCAGUAGCAACAUUCCUUUUGUACUUCGAUCGUUUGAACGCUAAACGACUCAACCGGACCAAACCGAACCAUACUAUUCCGGAACUGAUCAACAAGGUGACCAACCUACUCCUCAAGCAACGUAAGCUGAAGCAUACUCCGCAGAAAUUAGUUUACUACUUGCGAAACUAUCGCUAAACAAACAAAGCAGAUUGGCUUUAUUAAAUGUUUACCUCGAUGACAACGGGAUCAUGAGGGCUCAAAGCAAAGCCGACUCCAUCAACUGCAGAAAAGACGCUAUCGUUAUGUUAAGGGAAAGCUAAAUUACGUUCCUAAUAGUAAAGGUAUACCACGUCGAAAAUCACAGUAUGGCUCAUGAGAUGACUAUGAACAACGUAAUGGCCUCUUAUUACGUGCCACGUUUGCGCGUUUUAUAAAAGUCUGUGCGUAAAUCCUGCCAAAAAUGUAAGAUAAAUAACAUCGUGCCUGAACCUCACAAAUGGCGCCAAUACCCGCAGCGAGAUUGGCCAGCUUCGAGAGACCAUUUACGUAUGGACUACUUCGGACCCAUACCGGUAAACGUCGGCCGGCAUAAGGAGAAGAGAUGGGGUGUGCUUUUUAUUUGCCUGACACUACGAGCAGUACACUUCGAAAUAGCUUACAGUUUGGAUACUAGCUCCUGCAUCAUGUGCUUACACAACUUUCUGGCACGCCGUGGUACGCCGAUGGAAAUAUACCCGGACAACGGCACGAACCUAAGGGCCACCGAGAAAGCUGUACGAGAGCAGCUGAUGAAGAUCGAUUUUGACAAGCUAACCAUAAAAUACGAUCGCAUUAAAUGACGCUUCAACAUACCCGGCGCACCCCAUAUGGGAGGCGCCUGGGAACGACUCGUCCGAAGCACGAAAGCAAUUUUGAAAAGCAUCUGCCCGAUGUAUUCUUUCAACGACGAAAGUCUUCGUAGCACGCUGAUGGAAGCAGAAUAUAUUAUCAACUCGCGCCCGCUGACCUUUGUAAGUCUCGAGUCAUCGGACGACAUCGCCCUCACGCCAAAUCAUUUAUUUCUGAGCUCGGCAGAUGGCUACAAACCUGUUUGCAGAGACGAGCUAGAUCUAAGACAACGCUGGCACCAAACACAACUCUUCGGUGAUAGAUUCUGGCACCGCUGGGUAAGGGGAUACGCACCAGUUCUUACUCGACGGGUCAAGUGGUUCUACAAAUCUACACCAAUAGCCGUUAGUGACGUCGUCAUUGUCAUCGAUGAAAAGCUACCACGGAAUCUGUGGCCGAAAGGACCAGUCAUCAACACGUUCAGAGCUAAGGCUCGUAACUAUACAAACUCAGUGCGGUACUCUGGAGAGCCCAGCGACAAAGGUGGCUAAAUUAGACGUCGGCUUAGAAAGUUGUAAACAACCUAGGAAUGUUCGAUAUUUAAGAAAGUAUCGAUAUCAUGAAUCGAUUUAAUUCAUUGCAUGUAAAAUCGUUAUGGCGA